AUGAAUAGCACACAAAAGCUGACGAAGAAACAGAAGAAAGGACUUGCAUUCCGCGAACGCAAGACAGGAAAAGGACAAACCAAAAAUGCCGUCGUCGAUGACAUGGAAACUAAUGCAAUCCCUCUCAUGGAAGACCAAGAUCUCGCUGGCUCUGACAGCUAUCCGUCUGAAAUUCCAGGAGGUGACGACGAGACGAAAGGCAAAACAACAAACGUCCAGAACAGGGUUGAAGGCGAGCCUAAAGAAGGCAAAGUGGGGGCCAAAGGCAAAGGCAAAGGCAAAGGCAAGGCAGAGACAGAGACUUCUAUUGUGGCCGUGGAAAAGAUGAAGGGUCAGCCGAAGAAGCGGAAAAGAAGUGAUGAGGAUGAGGCUGAGAAGGAUGGGGAUGAAAAUCUACAGGACGGAGUCAAAAAAAAAUCAAAACGCAAGAAAGUUGACGGCGACAAGGUCAUUGGCGGAAAGGCUGAUAAACCAACUAAGCAACGAUUUAUUCUUUUCCUUGGCAACCUGAAAUAUACCACCACGGAAGAAGCUAUCAAGGCUCACUUUGCAGUCUGUGACCCGCCACCGACAAUACGCCUUCUUACCCCCAAACAGACCACGCCAGUUUCUUCACAGAGACCGAAGUCGAAAGGCUGCGCAUUUUUGGAAUUCUCUCAUCGGAAUGCUCUUCAGCAGGGCUUGAAGCUUCACCAAUCUAUGCUUGACGGCCGCAUGAUCAAUGUAGAGCUCACUGCUGGUGGGGGUGGCAAGGGAGAAUCACGAUUGAUGAAAGUUAGAGAACGAAACAAAGCUCUGCUAGGACAACGCGAGGAACGCAUUGAGAAAGAGGCGAAACAAGAUAAUUCCUUCCCAAAUCUACCCAGCAAACCUCAAAGGUUUUCUGCCACCUCCGGUUUGGAACAGAGACCCACUAGUCGGAAAACAUGGACUGUUGGUGAUAUUGAUGACGGCAUAACGCACAGAGGUGGAACACGGCAUCGAAAAAAGUCAAAAGCUCCUUCGAAGACAUGGGGAACGGGGGUAAAUGCCAUUCCAGUUGGAUAG